AAGCGAGGAAAAGUGGCCCCUCAGGGCUCACGGAGCAAAGUAUGAAGCCCUGAAGGAAGCUGGGCUGUGUCAAAAGUAAAGGGAGGGAGCCAAGGGAGGGAGCGGAUCAGAGACCAACCAAGAGGGUCCCCUCCCUCCAAGAAAAGCAUCUCUGGGAUUGUGCAAGAGGGCUGAGCAGGGCGGACUCGGCUUUGCAAGGGUUAAAGGGAACUGAGCUGCAUUCCUAGAGAAGACAGGAAGUCACGGGGGAGGGGCCAGGUCCUCCAGACGAAAAGCCCCUCCCUCCUCUUCCUGCUUUCCUCUCCUGCAAAUGCUGCUUCGCCCUCCUUCCUCCACGGGGAUCUGGAUUUGCUAAAGCUUCUCAUUCAGACAGGCAGAACUUGGCAGAAGAGCAAAGUGUUCCUUCCAAUCUCUCAGAGGCUUCCUGAGAGCAAGAUGGAUGAGCAAGACUCAGCUGGCCCUGGAGCAGGAAGAGGCCAUGCCAUCCAAACUGGGAGCAGUGGGGGAUUCUGGGAAAACUCUGUGCAGAAGAUCCUGGGUGAGGAGGACACCCUCCGCUCAGAGGUGCAGAGCCAGCAGUUGAGGCAGUUCUGCUUCCAGGAGGCCAAAGGACCCCGAGAGGUUUGCAGCCGACUCUACCACCUUUACCAUCAAUGGCUGAAACCAGAAAGGCACACGAAAGCUGAGAUGCUGGACCUGGUGAUCUUGGAGCAGUUCCUGGCUGUCCUUCCCCUGGAGAUGGAGAGCUGGGUGAGGGAAUGCGGAGCGGAGACCAGUUCCCAGGCGGUGGCCCUGGCCGAAGGUUUCCUCCUGAGUCAGGCAGAGGAGAGAAAGCAGGAAGAGAGCAAGCAGGAAAAGGAUCAUUUUGCAGAAAUGGACAUGGAUUCCUGUGAGGCAGAGAGGCCUCCGUUGGACACCAGAAAGAGGCCGCUGGGUGACAGAAUGAUGCUGGCAAGACUUCCUUAUUCACAUUUUCAUGGGGGCAGAAGGGAAACAGCAGCUGUGGAACCAGAUCAGGUCAGGGGAAGCUGCCUUGUGGGGACAGAGGCCGAGGGAUGGAGCAAUGUCAUGGACUGGUUGGGCACAGAGGAAUGGUGGGAGGAAGCAGCCGGGGAACCAGGAAGGGAAGAUGGCUCAGAGCUGAAGGAGUGGAGGUGGAAGAAGGAUGAGUGGUCAGAGGGAGAAGAGGGAGAAGGCUCAGAAGAAGAGGUGUCAGAAGCUGACUUACCUAAACGUAUUAUAAGUCUUAACCUUAACACUAAACCUUAACCUUAACACAUACUAUGUACAGAACACCCCUUUUCUCUAGGUCCGGGGCCAGAACGUAGUGGUGGGGGAUGAGUGUUCAGACCCCUGGGUUCUCACUUGGGUGCCUCAGGGUUCCAUUCUCUCCCCCAUGCUUUUUAAUAUAUAUAUAUAAAGCCACUGGCUGGGUGUUCAUCAGUAUGCGGAUGAUACCCAGAACCAGUGAAGGCGGUGAAGGUCCUGUCUUAGUGUCAGGAGGCAGUUGAAGGAUGGAUGGCAGCUAAUGGAUUGAGGCUGAAUCCUGACAAGACAGAAGUACUGUUCUUGGGGGACAGGAGGCGGGCAGGUGUGGAGGACUCACUGGUCCUGAAUGGGAUAACUGCCCUUGAAGGACCAGGUGCGCAGUCUGGGAGUCAUUUUGGACUCACAGGUGUCCAUGGAGGCGCAGGUCAAUUCUGUGUCCAGGGCAGCUGUCUACCGGCUCCAUCUGGUACGCAGGCUGAGACCCUCACUGCCCACGGACUGUCUCGCCAGAGGGGUGCAUGCUCUAAUUAUCUCUCACUUGGACUACUGAAAUGCGCUCUACGUGGGGCUACCUUUGAAGGUGACCCGGAAACUGCAAUUAAUCCAGAAUGCGGCAGCCACACUGGUGACUGGGAGCAGCCGCCAGGAACACAUAACACCAGUCCUGAGAGAUCUACACUGGCUCCCAGUACGUUACCGAGCACAAUUCAAAGUGUUGGUGUUGACCUUUAAAGCCCUAAACGGCCUCGGUCCUGUAUACCUGAAGGAGCGUCUCCACCCCCACCAUUCAGCCUGGACACUGAGAUCCAGCGCCGAGGGCCUUCUGGCGGUUCCCUCAUUGUGAGAAGUUGAGGUUACAGGGAGCCAGACACAGGGCCUUCUUGGUGGAGCACCCUUCAAUCAGAUGUCAAGGAAAUAUGCAGGUAUCCAAUUUUUAAAAGACAUCUGAAGGCAGCCCUGUUUAGGGAAGUUUUUAAUAUUUAAUGCUGUAUUGAUUAAUACUCGAUUGGGAGCCUCCCAGAGUGGCUGCGGAAACUCAGCCAGAUGAUCGGGUUAUAAAUAAUAAAUUAUUAUUAUUAUUAUUAUUAUUAUUAUUAUUAUUAUUAUUAUUACCAGAAGGAAGAGAGAUAGAAAUAUAGAAAGAUAAAGUGAAACCCAGGCUCCUUCUGGCCUCUUCUUAUAGUCAGCAUCACCUUGACAGAAGAGAUAACAGAACCACCUAAACGUCCACCUAGAAAUUAGUCCAUUAAUUGAUAGGCAAUGCAAACUGACAGACCCACAGAGCCAAGUCUCUAAAUAUUGUGUUCUUGCUGAUAGAGUAAACUCCAGCUGUGAACUAGAGUUGAUAGGGACCCCAAGGGUCAUCAAGUCCAACCCCCUGCAUUGCAGGAAUUUCAGUUAGAUCAUCCAUGACAGAUGACAUUCCAAACUAGGCUUAUUUACUAUCUAUAUUGAUCAUUGAAUGCUAAAAUAGGCUUCUAAGCAGUGGACAAAUGAGAACACAUAGUGGCCCCCCAUUCCUCCCUCUCUCCAUGCCCCCAUGAACCCCUUGAAUUUGGCUCUAGGGCAUUGGGAGGGAACGUCCCCAGAACAGGACAUGAGGAGAGGAGAAAGUGGAUCCUUCCAUUGUUUAAACUGGAAUGCUUGCGUAGACAGAAUGACUUGGAAAACCUACCGUAUUUGCACAAACAUGAAUACCCAUAGUUAAAAUGCAGAAGAAGAGAAUUCCAUUAAAGCCUUAAAAUAGGUACCCAUAAUUAAAAUGUGCAGCAAAGGAAUACUAUUGAAACAACACAGUCAUUAAGAGGAAGGCAAGAACAGAGCAUUGUGUAGCAGAUCAUAUUUCUGCUGUCUCAGAGGAGGACAUUUCCCUUUUUC